UUUCAGGUUUUCAGGAUGAAUCUGGAAAAACUCAGCAAACCAGAACUCCUGACGCUGUUUAGCAUCCUGGAGGGAGAAUUAGAAGCAAGAGAUCUUGUCAUAGAAGCCUUGAAGGCCCAGCACAGAGACACCUUCCUUGAGGAGCGCUAUGGGAAGUACAACAUCAGUGACCCAUUAAUGGCUUUGCAGAGAGAUUAUGAGGCUCUGAAAGAAGGGAAUCACGGGGAAAAGCAACCAGUAUGCUCCAAUCCCUUAUCCAUUUUGAAAGUGGUGAUGAAACACUGCAAGAACAUGCAGGAGAGAAUGUUGUCCCAACUGGCUGCUGCCGAGAGCAGGCACAGAAAGGUGAUCCUGGACCUGGAGGAGGAGCGGCAGCGGCACGCCCAGGACACGGCGGAGGGGGAUGAUGUCACCUACAUGCUGGAGAAGGAGAGGGAGAGGCUCACCCAGCAGCUGGAGUUUGAAAAGUCCCAAGUGAAGAAGUUUGAAAAAGAACAGAAGAAGCUGUCGAGCCAGCUGGAGGAGGAGAGGGCACGGCACAAGCAGCUCUCCUCCAUGCUUGUAGUGGAGUGCAAGAAAGCCACUGCCAAAGCAGCUGAAGAAGGGCAGAAGACAGCAGAGCUGAGCUUGAAACUGGAAAAAGAGAAGAGCAAGGUGAGUAAGCUGGAAGAGGAGCUGGCGUCCAAGAGGAAGCGUGGCUUGCAGAUGGAAGCACAAGUAGAAAAGCAGCUCUCAGAGUUUGACAUUGAAAGAGAGCAGCUGAAAGCCAAGCUGAACAGAGAAGAGAACCGUACCAAAGCUCUCAAAGAAGAGGUGGAAUGUCUGAAGAAAGUCCUGAAAGAGCUGGAGGCUUCUCGCCAGGAGCAGAGUCCUCCCGAGCCCUCGCAGCCGAGCCCCUCACUGAUGUCCAGAGGUGUCACCACCGAGAGCCCCCCAGUGAGGUCUGUGUCCUGCCAGACUGAGGGCCUGCAGGCAGUGCCUGCCAGUGCCGGCAGAGCUGCCCACGCCGUGCCCAGCCCCACUGCCCCUCCUCACUCCUAUGCCAAAUCCAACGGGCACUGUGACAGUGACCUGCAGGCGGGCAGCGAGCUGCUGCAGCCUGGCCCAGCAGAGGGCCAGGCUCAGAAGGAGAAAGCUGCUGCUGCAGCCUCAGACAGCGCAGUGGAAAACGGUUCCCCGGUCAGAACAGAGUCCCCUGUGCACCUGAUGGCCCAGCUCUCUUCUGCGGGGGUCUCCCUGUCUCCCAGCAGCACGGCUGCCUCCUCUCUGACUCCUUCUCCCUGCUCCUCACCCGUUCUGACGAAACGCUUGGUGGGAGGCUCGGCGAGCAGCCCUGGCUACCAAUCCUCCUACCAGGUGGGGAUCAAUCAGCGCUUCCAUGCGGCUCGGCACAAGUUCCAGGCCCAGGCUGAGCAGGACCAUCAGUCCAGCGGUCUGCAGAGCCCUCCGUCCCGGGACCUGUCUCCUACCCUGGCAGAUAACUCUGCUGCCAAGCAGCUGGCUCGCAACACGGUCACUCAGGUCCUCUCCAGGUUCACCAGCCAGCAGGGACCUAUCAAACCAGUCUCCCCCAACAGCUCUCCCUUUGGCACGGACUACCGCAACCUGGCCAACGCCGUGAGCCCCAAGGGUGAGCCUGCUCACUCCCCAAGCCCUGGCAAGGUCUCUAGUCCUCUCAGCCCCCUGUCUCCUGGAAUUAAGUCGCCAACCAUUCCUAGAGCAGAAAGAGGGAACCCUCCACCCAUUCCUCCAAAGAAACCUGGCCUGGCUCAGUCGCCUGCUGCUCCUGCUCCACUCCCCAAAACCUCUUCCCAGGGACCCUCUCUGGGUGCUCCCAUGGACGUGGCAAGCAGCUGCUCCAACACUACUGUGGUGUCAAACGGCAAAGAGCUGGAGAUCCUCCUGCCAACCAGCAGCUAGUCCCUAGAGAUGGGAAUGUGACAUUCCACAGCUUAGCCUCCUGCAGCUCAGACACUGUUUUGUUUCCACUCCGGUUUAUUUAUUUCCAUAGGAGCAGAUUCUGU